CCAGCUCGCUUCUGUUCCGAACCGAAUCCAAAGCCUCUUGCUCGCGGAAACCCUUCUCCUGUCUCCCGAUGGCGACCGCCGCCGCCGCCGUGGCGGCGCCCGAGCAGCCGCGCCGGCGGAAGCCCGCGCCUGGACGCGGUGGCGUGGUCCUCCCGGCGGGUCUCUCGGAGGAGGAGGCUCGGGUGCGGGCCAUCGCGGAGAUUGUGUCAGCGAUGGGGGAGCUCUCGCGGCGCGGGGAGGACGUGGACCUGAACGCGCUCAAGUCGGCCGCGUGCCGGCGGUAUGGGCUGGCGCGGGCGCCCAAGCUGGUGGAGAUGAUCGCCGCCGUGCCCGAGGCCGACCGCGCCGCGCUGCUGCCGCGGCUGCGCGCCAAGCCCGUGCGCACGGCGUCGGGCAUCGCCGUCGUGGCCGUGAUGUCGAAGCCGCACCGGUGCCCCCACAUCGCCACCACCGGGAACAUCUGCGUCUACUGCCCGGGCGGCCCCGACUCCGACUUCGAGUACAGCACGCAGUCCUACACUGGAUACGAGCCCACCAGCAUGCGCGCCAUUCGGGCAAGGUACAAUCCGUAUGUGCAAGCCAGAAGCAGGAUAGAUCAGCUCAAGAGGCUAGGCCAUAGUGUGGACAAGGUUGAGUUCAUCUUGAUGGGUGGGACCUUCAUGUCAUUACCAGCUGAUUAUCGUGAUUACUUCAUCAGAAAUCUUCAUGAUGCUUUAUCGGGUCACACUUCUGCUAAUGUUGAGGAGGCUGUUUGUUAUUCGGAACAUAGUGCUGUCAAAUGUAUUGGUAUGACAAUCGAGACGAGACCUGAUUAUUGCUUGGGGCCUCAUUUGCGCCAGAUGCUAUCUUAUGGUUGCACCCGCUUAGAAAUUGGUGUUCAGAGUACAUACGAGGAUGUUGCCCGUGACACAAACAGAGGCCACACGGUGGCUGCUGUUGCUGAUUGCUUUUGUUUGGCAAAAGAUGCUGGGUUUAAAGUGGUUGCCCACAUGAUGCCAGAUUUACCUAACGUUGGAGUUGAAAGAGACAUGGAAAGUUUCAGAGAAUUUUUUGAAAGUCCGGCAUUCCGAGCAGAUGGUCUAAAGAUUUAUCCAACUCUCGUAAUUCGUGGAACUGGUCUUUAUGAGCUCUGGAAAACUGGCAGGUAUAGAAAUUAUCCACCUGAGCUGCUUGUAGAUAUUGUAGCAAGGAUCCUGUCUAUGGUACCACCAUGGACACGAGUGUAUCGGGUCCAGAGAGAUAUCCCUAUGCCUCUCGUUACUUCUGGUGUCGAGAAAGGUAACCUUCGUGAGCUUGCUUUGGCUCGAAUGGAUGAUUUGGGCUUAAAAUGCCGAGAUGUCAGAACUCGUGAGGCAGGGAUUCAGGAUAUCCAUAACAAAAUCAGGCCUGAUGAAGUGGAGCUUGUCAGGCGUGACUAUGCUGCAAAUGAGGGCUGGGAGACGUUCCUCUCAUAUGAGGAUACACGACAGGAUAUCCUGAUUGGCCUGUUGCGCUUGCGUAAAUGUGGCCGCAAUGUUACAUGCCCUGAACUCACAGGAAAGUGUUCAAUUGUUCGCGAACUUCAUGUCUAUGGAACUGCAGUCCCAGUGCAUGGUCGUGAUACAGACAAAUUACAACAUCAGGGAUAUGGAACUCUACUAAUGGAGGAAGCAGAAAGAAUCGCUCACAGGGAGCAUCGCUCAAAGAAAUUGGCGGUCAUCUCAGGAGUAGGAACUCGUCACUACUACCGCAAGCUAGGUUACGAACUCGAAGGGCCCUACAUGGUCAAGUCUUUGUCUUGAUUAAUUUUCAUUGCCCUUUAGUUCAGUGUCAACGGUGUUAGUGACUUGCUGUAUGUUGUGUCACAUUAGUAAAUUUUUGGAAAUGUUUGUGCUUACCCUCUUGAGUAAUCUCAUACUCCCUCGAGAAAACACAAAACAA